AAAUGCUUGAAUAACCGGAAUAACGUUAUAGCAUCUAUAAACGACUCCCAUUUUAAAAGUUGAAAAAAUAAACGACAUGUCGUGUUGAAAAGUUCAAGUGGAGAAUUUUCUUUUGCCUCGCUUUCUCAGCAGCCAAACAUACCCUCCACGUGACGACAUGUUACUUGCAUCUUAAACAUCUAAGAUUCGUCCUUUGCAAUAAACCACCCUUAAAACCCAGAUCAAAUCCAAAACCCUAAAUAAUGGAUUUCGUAGAGCUAGAAUCCAUAGAAGGUCUGCGUUGGUCAUGGAAUUCAUGGCCAACAAGAAAAAACGAAGCAUCGUCGCUAACUAUACCGCUGAGCAUAAUGUGUACACCAUUAAUGCAAUCGUCAGAGCUCCCGAUUCUGCCAUACGAACCACUAACCUGCACUCGCUGUUUCGCUAUCUUGAACCCAUAUGCCCGUGUAGAUUACCAGUCUCGUAUUUGGGUCUGUCCUUUUUGUUAUCAGAAAAACACUUUCCCAAUUUCUUAUUCAGGUAUUGGUGAAACCAAUCUUCCUGCCGAGCUUUUUCCAACUUAUAGUACUGUAGAAUAUAAAUUCGAUAGGAUCGAGACAAAAUUCGGGUCGAGUUUGGGCUUGCGUUCAAGUUCGGUCAACGGGUUGUACUCGUCUAGUUCUUCUUUGUCUUCUAUGGUGGGGACGACGACUCCGAGAAUUGCUGGUGGGGAGAUGGGACCGGGGUUUGUGUUUGUGGUGGAUGCUUGUACGGAUAAGGAGGAGCUGAGAGCCGUUAAGAAUGAGUUGUUGUUGAUUAUUGAACAGUUGCCGGAGAAUGCGCUUGUGGGUUUGGUUGUUUUUGAUUCUAUGGUUAGAGUUUAUGAUUUGGGGUUUUUGGACUGUUCCAGAGUUGUGGUGUUUCAUGGUGAACGUGAGGUUUCAUCUGAGCAGACCCAACAGCUUCUCGGCAUACAUCGCACCAAUCAGCAGCAACUUGGAAAGAAACUAUUUACUCAGAACCAGGGAUUUUUGCUACCCAUAUGUGAAUGUGAGUUUAAUAUCACUACAGCUAUUGAAGAAAUUUGUUCUUUAGCUGUAGUCAGGCCUGGGCAUCGCCCUCAAAGGUGCACUGGUGCAGCAAUAUCUGUUGCACUUGGACUUCUUGAAGGAUGUUCAAUGCAUAUAGGUUCCAGGAUUAUGGUCUUCACUUCUGGACCUGCAACUUUGGGCCCAGGGGUUGUUGUGGAUUCAGAUCUCAGUAAUUCCAUCAGAACUCAUAGAGACUUAAUCAAUGCCAGUGCACCAUACUAUUGGAAAUCUUGCAGCUUCUACAAUCGUUUGUCACAGAGAUUAUCUGAUGCAUCUAUUAUUCUUGAUUUAUUUGCUUGUUCUCUUGAUCAAAUUGGAGUGGCAGAGCUAAAAGGUCCUGUUGAGAAGUCAGGUGGAUUUAUGAUGUUAGGAGAGUUAUUUGAGUCAGAUCAAUUUAGAAAGUGCUUGCGGCAUAUUUUUAGUUGUAAUGAAGAGGGUAAUUUGAAAAUGUAUUUUGAUGCGAUUAUCGAGGUGGUCACCACAAAUGAUGUAAAAAUUUGUGGAGCACUUGGGCCUUGUGUUUCUCUUCGGCAGAAAAAUGGUUUAGUGAGUGACCGUGAGACUGGGGAGGGCGGUACCUAUAUAUGGAAGUUGGGUACGCUAACUAAUAAAACCUGCAUAGCUUUUUUCUUCGAAGUAGGUGAUGAGCAGAAAGCUCAUCCUGGGUCUGCAUUUUUUAUACAGUUCAUAACACGUUAUAGACAUGGAAACUUAGGAAUCCGGAAAAGGGUUACUACAGCUGCAAGAAGAUGGGCUGGAAACAAAUCAGCAGAAAUCACUGCUGGUUUUGAUCAGGAAGCAGCUGCAGCUGUCAUGGCCAGACUUGCCAUUCACCGAGCAGAAACAUGUUAUGCUCGGGAUGUUGUCAGAUGGCUGGAUGACAGCCUUAUUUGUUUUGCUUCUAAGUUUGGAGACUAUAUCCAGGAAGAUCCAUCUACCUUCAGAUUGUCAACAAACGUCUCUCUUUAUCCCCAGUUCAUGUAUUAUUUGAGGAGGUCCCAAUUUAUUGAUGUUUUCAACAGUACUCCAGAUGAAACUGCAUUCUUCCACCUGAUGUUAAACCGGGAAGGAGUAGUGGGUUCCCUCAUCAUGAUACAACCUACAUUAUUUCAGUAUUCCUUUGAUGGCCCCCCUAUUCCAGUCCUCCUAGAUGUUCGCUCCAUAUCAGCCGACGUAAUUUUACUCUUUGAUGCUUACUUCCAUGUGGUGAUUCACUAUGGGUCCAAGAUAGCUCAGUGGAGGAAACUUGGAUAUCACAGAGAUCCAAACCAUGAGAAUCUGAGAAAGUUGUUGGAAGCUCCGGAACUUGAUGCAGAGCAAUUGGUGGCGGAUCGAGUUCCAGCACCUAAACUGAUAAAAUGCGACCAACACAGCAGUCAGGCUAGAUUUCUUCUUGCGAAGUUGAAUCCAUCUGUUACUCACAAUUCAACAUAUAUAGAACAUUCUGAAGUUAUACACACUGAUGAUUUGAGCUUGCAAGAUUUUAUAGAUCACUUGCAAACCCUGGCAGUGAAGGCUUAACUUCGGGGAUUGUUGUACAGUCAGAGUUUCUCCUGUUCUGAUUCAUUUAGUUUCUUAUUCACUUAGAGCUAGAACAUUCUGUGUAAAUUGAUUCCAAGCAUUGUGGUGUCUUAUUCACUCUGGGUGUAGGUAUAAAGGCUUCUAUCUAUUGUAUGUAGAGCUAGUCUGAUUUCCUUCUUUCUUUCUGUCAGGUCUUUUUUGUCCAUCUGAGUUUUAGUUACAUCAGGUUUUUAUGACAUGAUGAAUACGAGAAUCCUUUUAUUUGUACUGCCA